AUGACAUCAAAAAGAAGAAUUAAACAUCUAUUGGAGCUUGCUAAAGAAGCUAGUAGUAAAGAUGACGAUAUGAACAACAUUACAUAUAAAAAAAAAAGUAAGACAAAUAUUACCAAUUUCUCUAAUAGGAAACCAAAAUAUGAAACUAAUUUAAUAGCCAAUUCAUCUAUUUCAAAAACAAAAUAUGAAGUUUUAACAGAAGAUUCCUUAAAUGAUAUUGAAUUCAUUUAUGAGAAUGUUGUAACUUCUAUAAAUGAACCAGAUAAUAUUUAUAAUGAAAAUAAUUUAAUUAAUGUUCCUAAUAAUACUGCACCAACUACUGAAAAUCAAGUUGAUGACAGUAUUUAUAACAAGACUGACUGUAUAAUUAAUUUUGAAACUGAUAAUUCUGAAUUUAAUAAUUAUGAAGAUUGCUUAAAGGAUAAUAUUGAAUUAACUUAUGAAGAUGUAGAAGUUGUAACUUCCAUUGAUGUACCAGGUAAUAUUUCUAAUGAAAAUAAUUUAAAUGUUCCUAAUAAUACUGCACCAACUACUGAAAAUCAAGUUGAUGACAGUAUUUAUAACAAGACUGACUGUAUAAUUAAUUUUGAAACUGAUAAUUCUGAAUUUAAUAAUUAUGAAGAUUGCUUAAAAUAUAAUAUUGAAUUAACUUAUGAAGAUGUAGAAGUUGUAACUUCCAUUGAUGUACCAGGUAAUAUUUCUAAUGAAAAUAAUUUAAAUGUUCCUAAUAAUACUUCACCAACCACUGAAAAUCAAGUUGAUGACAGUAUUUAUGACAAGACUGACUGUAUAACUAAUUUUGAAACUGAUAAUGGUGAAUUUAUUAAUUAUGAUCAUGACUAUUCAAAAGAAAUUGAAAUUGAAACUUCAGAUUCAAUCACUGACAAAAGAGUGCGUAAAAGGGGUAUAAUAUCACAAAAAAAAAAUUGGAAUAGGGAAGUUAUGCAACAAAAUAGAUUGCUAGGAAAGGCAUACAUAGGGUUUCAGAGGCAAGGCAAGAAAGUAUCUCAAGAUGUAAAUAAGGAUGAAAGGAAAAUGAAACCAACAUGUGCUUCAACAUUUUGCAAUAAAUCAAAAAACAGAUACUGCGACAAUUUUUCUGAAUCUGAGAGAAGUGAACUGUUUAACCAUUUUUGGAAUAAUUGUACAUCCUGGGCAGAAAAGAAAACUUUUUGUGUAAAUAUGAUUACCAAGACAGAAACAAAACGUAUAAUGACCGAAAGUGAAAAAAGUCGAAGAGAUUAUUCCUACACUUAUCACUUAAAAAAAGAAGACAUAUCAUUACCGGUCUGUAAAAAAAUGUUUUUGAAUACGCUCUGUUUGAAUGAAUGGAUGGUGAGGAAUUGGAUAAACUCUUCAAUUAAUGGAUUACCUCAAUCAACAAAGAAUAUAAAGAAUAAUAAUUUACAAAACAAUCUAAAUUUGGAAUUUGAUAAUGAAGAGGAAAUUGAAGAACCUAUACCACGAGUAUCAGUGUCUGUACGACAUAAUCAUCUCAUAUCUUGGUUUGGGUCUUUGCCGAAAAUGCCCAGUCAUUAUUGUCGAAAGAGGUCUGAGAGACUAUACCUUGAGGGUCCGUUUAAUAGCAAACAAGAAGUUUAUGAUGUAUAUUUGUUGAAAUGUAAAGAAGAGAAUAUGAAACCAUUAAGUAGAAGUUUUUUCUCCAGAUUUAUGACACAAAAAAAAUUUUCCAUAUACCAACCUAGAAAAGAUUUAUGUGAUACCUGCUCAAGUUAUAAAGUCAAACAAGUAAAUGAAGAAAACUAUCAGCUACAUAUUGCUCAAAAAAAUCAAGCCCGAGAAGAGCUUAAAGUUGAUACGCUUGAUGCAGUUGCUUUCAAAAAAAUAGUCUUGACAAUGGAUUUACAAGCUGUGAAACUAUGCCCUGCGCUGAAUGCUAGUGCCUUAUAUUACAGCAUGAAACUUAAAGUACACAAUUUUACAGUCUAUAAUUUAGAACCUAACCACCCUUGUUCUAAUUAUUGGUGGGAUGAAAGUCAAGGGGAACUCGAAGCAUCGGUAUUUACAUCAAUUAUAUUGAAUCAUAUUAAACAACAAUGCAUAGAUGAGACUCAAAAUAAAAAAAAAGACAUUAUUAUAUACUCGGACGGUUGUGGGUAUCAAAACCGCAACACGGUAUUGUCCAAUGCGUUACUUAAAUUUUCUAUAGAAAAUAAUGUUAUUAUAGAACAAAAGUUCCUUGUCAAAGGACAUACACAAAUGCCAUGCGACAGUGUACAUAGUUCAAUCGAACGUACAAUAAAAAACAAAGAAAUCUAUUUGCCAUCUGACUACAUGAAACUAACAAAACUAGCAAGGAAAAAUCCAUCACCCUAUGAAUCCCACUCUGUUAACUAUUCAGAUUUCUAUGACUACAAAAAAUUGAAUUAUUAUAAGUCUAUACGACCUGGGCGAUCAAAGGGUGACCCUGAAGUUCGAAAUAUAAGAGCUCUUAAAUAUGAUCCCACAACCAAAAAAAUAUAUUACAAAAUAAAUUUUGAACAUGAAUAUACAGAAUUACCCCAGUACCAUCGAACAAAAAAAACUAUAGAUCUGUCCAUCAACACACCUUGUUUGUAUAAUAGCAGAAUUCCUAUUACUCUUUCCAAGUGGAAUGAUCUCCAAAAAUUAAAAACUGUUCUGCCAACUGAUGUCCACGAUUAUUAUGACAAUAUACCUCACUUAAAGACUUAUAAAGAAAGAAAAUGUGAUAAAAUUUAG